AUGUUUCGUGUUGCCCUCUGCGCAACCUUCAUCCUGCAGGCACAGGCGGGAUUCUUCGAUGGUCUCACAAAGUCGCUGACGGAUGCAACUGCUCAGCUCGGUGGAAUGAUGAAGGAUCAGCUCAAGAACAACCCACAGGCUGCAGAUUUCGCAAAGGCUUUGCAGAUCAGCGACGGCAGCAUUGACAAGGCCCAGUCAAUGCUUGACUCCGCGAUGACCAAGAUCAAUACCAUCACGGCGGAAAUCCCCACCAUCCCCGGCCAGAUGCAGGCAGCAACAGACAUCGGCAACACUGCACAACUGGAUGCCCUGAAGCAGCGAAUGCUCGGCCUGCAAAAGGAUCUCUGCAAGCAGAUUGAUGGCGUCAACCAGGCGGAGAAGGAGGUGGGAGACACCACCAACUCCAUCCAAGGGGUCAUGAACGAUCUGACCAAGGACGUGGUGGAGGAUGCGGCUAAGCCGGAGGAGGCGAAGAUAGCUCCUUUCAUGAGCCAGUUCAAGACCGCCCUCGACAAGGCCGCUCAGGUCGGCGCCAAGGCCCAGUCCGUGAGCAUCUUCAAGGGCAUGUGCCAGCAAAGCGCCCCUGCGCAGCCCACCCAGCUCUACUCAUCCGGCUUUCAUGUGCCCUCGGCUCUGAUGGGCGCAGGCCUGGCCUCGAUGGCCAUCGCGGUGGCCUUUGUUGCCUUGGGGGGUGUGGCUGCAUUCCGUGCCCUCCGGAGGCGCACCGACACCUUCACGCUUGUGGAUCAUGCGUGCUAG